AAGCGCGUAUCAGAGUUUGACUUCGAUUUUUUCUUGUUCCGACGCGCUGACGCUGCUCUCUCUGUCGUUUACUUUGUCGUUCCCUUCAACCCGUUGUUUGUUCUGCUAGACGAGUGCGACCAGCGAGUGUUAAAGGAGAGAGGACGACGAACAGGAUUUAAUAUUAUCAAUUUGGCCCCGUUUUUUUUCUCAGCGGCCGCCGUGCGUUUUUUUUAAUUUUCUCUAUAAACAACAAGAUCGUGUUCAAGUAAUAUUUUACGCAUUGCUCAAGAUGAAUAUUUGUUGAAACGAGUCGCACCAGCCAGCAGUUCUCUGUCGUUUUGCUUGUCCGUGUUUAAUUGCAAGCAGCUGUCGAAAAUAUGGGUCGUAAAAAGAAGAAGCAGUCCAAGCCGUGGUGCUGGUAUUGCAAUCGUGAAUUUGACGAUGAAAAAAUUUUAAUUCAACAUCAAAAAGCAAAACAUUUCAAGUGUCAUAUAUGUCAUAAAAAACUAUAUACUGGUCCAGGUUUAUCUAUUCAUUGUAUGCAGGUGCACAAAGAAACAAUUGAUAAGGUGCCUAAUGCACUUUCUCAUCGUUCAAAUAUUGAAAUAGAAAUUUAUGGAAUGGAAGGAAUUCCAGAAGAAGAUAUGAAAGAACAUGAACGACAAAAAUCUGGUAGCAAAGGUACUCGAUCAGAUAGUGAUGAUGAAGCUGGCCCACCUACAAAGAAAAAGCCUGAAUAUUCAAAUCCAGCAGGACCUUCUAUGAUGCCCCAGUAUAAUCCUAUGAUGAAUCAUAUGCAAUCUAUGGGGCCUCCUUACAUGGGACCUGGAAUGCCAAUGAUGGGUCCUUCAGUUUCUGCUGGUCCAAUGCCACCGGGUCAACCAGUAGGAAUGACUAAUAAACCAUUAUUUCCUAGUGCAGCUGCCAUUGCUAACAAUUCUGAUACACGUUCUAAUAGUUCUAUGUUAUCUGCUGGAAGUUCUGUUAGUAGCCUGAAUAAGACUUCAUUUCCCACUUACCCUGGGCAUGAUAAUGAUUCAAAAUCGAAAUCACUUAUAAGUUCUACUGGAACAUCUAGUAAAAUAAUACAUCCAUCAGAAGACAUUUCUUUAGAGGAACAUAAAGCUCGUUUUCCAAAGUACGCAAUUCAUAUGGAUAUUCAAAAUUCGGUGCCAACAAGUAUUGCAGAGCAACAUCAGCUUGGAGCUCCACUUAUGUCACCUCAUGGACAAGCAUCCCCUCAAACUCAGCAAUUGCAACAGCAGCAUCAUAUUCAUCAACAACAACAGCAACAACAACAGCAGCAGCAACAGCAGCAGCAGCAGCAGCAGCAACAGCAACAACAACAACACCAACAACACCAACAAGCAAUUCAAAAUGAGAUGGAACGACAAGUAGCUGCUAUGGCAGCAGUUAUGCAACAACAACAACAGCAACAACAACAACGAUUUGCCAGUCCAGUUAUAUCAAUGCCUAAUAUGAUGCCUCAGCCUCCCACUGUAUUUAUGGCUCAACAAAUGCCAACUCUUCUACGACCUUCAUUGGGUGGCUUACCACCACAUGCUAUGAGCAUGCUCAGGCCUCAAAUGCCUAUUCAUCCAGGUUUAAUGGUUAACCCACCAAUGGUCAAUCCUUAUGCUCCUGGUGGACCAAUGGGCUUCCCUGGUGCUCAGAUGUUAGCUCCUAUGAUGCAUCCUCGCUUCAGAUGAUCAGAAAAAAGGAAAAAUAUUGAAUAAUAACUGAAACGCAGUUUCAGUGAAAAAUCAGUAAGUCCUUUUAUAUUUUAAAUGUCCUUACCCCUCGUUUUCUUUCUUUGGAUUUUUUUUUCUUGAUUUAUUUGUAUAUUCCCAAAAAUAGUUUGUAACUAAAUAUCACACGUACAUUUUUUUGUAGAACGUGUGUGGUAGUAUAUAUUAGUGUGACGUGGAUUUCGUACAAACUUUACGCUCGGCAUAAAAUGCACAGCAAAUUUGUUUAUAUACAUAAAAAAAAAAAAAAAAUAUUGUUGAAUGUGUUUAAAUUAUU